AUGUUUGUAUCAACAAAUCAUUCCAGCUUUAAUCCGACCAAAAAAUUGAAUAUUAAUGCAACAUCGUCAUCAAAUUCCCAAAUAGCAACAUGUAAAUUAUUCGUAGGCAACCUUGCCACGCACACGACAGGCGCACAUCUGCAAUCUAUCUUUCAUUCUUACGGGCAAGUUAUUGAAUGUGUUAAAGUACGAGAACGUUACGGUUUCGUUCGAUUUGCAACAGGUGAAGAAGCACAACGUGCUCUGAAUGCCUGUAAUGGCAUCCAGUUGAAUGGUUAUCCAAUGAUUGUUGAAUAUGCUCAGAAUGAAAUUCUGAUCAGUCCUCUAUCGACACGUACGAACAAUCCAACAGCACCUGCACCAUUUCGUCCGCAUUUGUAUAACACCGGGCGAGCCACAACAGCACAUCAAACGGAUGUCAAAUUAACAACACCCAUUACAAUCAAUACGACUUCAUAUCAUCCAAAAAGCCACUCAACACGUGAUGAUAUUCCAUUGUUAACAACUGAUACAACUAAAUAUGCAGCAUCAACAUUGAAUCCCGAUGCAUCGACAUUUACUGUAUCAUUUUCACCGGCUAAUCGUUAUCAACAAAUACCAAUUGACCAGAAAAACUCUAAUACCGAACAUGCCUGUUCAACUAGUGAUUAUCAUUCUCAAUCAGGUCUGCCAUCAAGUGGCUCAUCGUCAGUUCGAUCAACUGAUUCAUUAUCACCAUCGAUCCUUUCUGCUAUUUCGCCCUCGAUUCUUCUACCAUGCGAUUCACCGCAUGAGGAACAUGAUAAUCAUCAUCGUCGGAUUCCCAAAGAAAAACGUCAAUCAACAACUUCAACAUUAAAUCUGCAUGUUGGCGAUCGAAUUCUCAAUUUAUACGGUUCAUCGACGCAAGUUGAACCCAAUAACAAUGAAAAUUGUGCUUCAUCAGCAUCAUUCGACUGUCGUGACAUUGAUCCACGUGAUCCAGUCUUCAUUUGGAAUUUUGCCUUCUAUCCCGAUAUAUCAAUGAGUCCAUUCGUUAAACGUGGAGAUAUUAAAACUUUACUCGAACGUCGAGUCUCACUCUAUUCACGAUAG